GCUAGCAGCUAUACGGCGAUGACCGUGUGGCCGGAAAUGUUUUAUACGAUUCACUGAUAAACAUCUGACUAAGUGCCAAGAACAGCUGAAUGAUAGAGAUGAGCAACUCCAAGCAGAGAGCCAGCGAUCUUAAGAAUGCCUAUGAUCACAGUCUGGAGCAGCAAAUUAUGGGACGAGGCUCCAACCUGGCGUGCAGAGAUGAGGAGCUGUGGAAGCAGGUGGAGGGGCCACUGAGGGAUGGAGAUGCUCAGGAGAUACACUGCCUGGGUCUGGAUCCACUGAGUGUGAUGGAGGAGUCGCUCAAGGCAGCAGCAAUGGCAUCAGCAACAAGAGCAGCCAGGGGUGGGCAAGUCAAAGCCAGAGGAGGGCUGCAAGGCCUGGCUAAAGCUUUUGAGGUCCUGGAGCAAGCGGCCCUGAACCUGUACCUCGGUCCCUGGAGGGAAGAGUACAAAGUAGUCAAGAUGUACUCCGGCAUGUUCACCCACUAUAUCAAACCUGUGCUGUCGAUGCCACAGAUUAAGAAACUGUUUGGCCUGUUAGGAUACCAGCCCAGCUCUUCUCGGCACGAGCAACUUUUUCUCCAGGCACUCGCUGCUUCUCUGGAUGAACUCCUCCACUUGUCUUGUGCUUUCUACCUGGCCCGUUGUGAGUGCCGCCUCCUUCAAGCAGCUCUUGGGAAGCAUGUAGGUGAGCCCCAGUGGGAGCUGAGUUUGGUGAGAGAGAGGCAGAGAGGAAACAGCCUACAGGUCGCCUUGGAAAACACCAAGAAGACACUGAAAGUCAAGCAGCCACUGAUGGAGCCGUUGGAUGGAGAAAUGGACAUGGAUCUGUACACAGAUGAGCAUGUUAAUGGGCGGCAGAGAGAGGCAGUUGUCAAUGAUGACGAAAGUCCCCGCUCUUUAGCCUGGCUGACUGCAAGUAGUGCAUCUCCCGCUCCUGUCAAAACACAGAGCAACGGAAUGACAUCCUUGUCCUCCUCAUCCACCUCCCUGGCUGUCACACAGCAGGUCUGCAUCUCUACACUCAACUGCCAGCUGCCCAAGGUGUCACCUCUGGAGUCACAGAGCACCAGAAGCUCCGCCAGCAAGAGGCAAAGCAGACAUCCCUAUGAGGAGUCAGGGUUUGACAAAGCAGAGUCACAGUCAGUCAGUCGGCAGUUAGAAGCGAUGGAGCUUUGCAGGAGUGAGGCUGAAGCCAACCACUUCUGCAGCUGUCUCCAGUCUUCUACUGUCUAUCCUAAUCGCUGUAUUGAAUGCAACACUUUGCACAAUAUCACCUGUGACUUGCAUCAGCAAUGCAUUAUGAAGAACCACAGUCUUGUGACGUCUUACAAUAUGGCUGAAGUAAUGAAAGAACAAGGAGCAGCGUCAGCACAGAGUGAAAGUCUCAGAGUGAGUGACAGGGCAAUACCAACUCUCACCAGCAGCAGCGCAGCAAUGUCUUCAUUAGUUCAGUAUCAUGACCCUGAAUCCAUAAAUCCAUCUCUUCCUCCAAUCACCUAUCACGACUGCUGCAACCUCGCCCAGCUGGACCCUCAGGUCCUGUGUCGCACCUGCAGUGUCUUCCACACUCGUUCCUGCAGAGAUGUAGACCGCUGCCAAAGUCAGCACCACACAGUCAAAAAGCUGGAAGUGUGUGCCUGCGGGAAGACAUGUCCCAGAAACCCUCUGGUUCUGUGCAGAUAUUGUGGGAAAGAGUAUUGCCGGGAUUGUUGGUACAGAAAUCCUGUUGUAUGCACCUGUGGCCAAACCUUUGACCAGUCAUCCCCUGUGUGAUGUGUAUUAGAAAAGUGGUGCAAUAAUGAGGCACAACUAGCAAAAUCACAAUGCCUUAAAUAUGCACACUUUAAAAUCAAGAACAAUCAAAUCCAAAUGUUGCCUUGACACAAUGCUGAAAUGCAGUAUUAUGUGUGCUCCAGUUUUCUAUUUGCGACGUCUCUCAUUAUUCUUCUUCAUCCAGGUAUUAUGUAAAUGGACAUAUUAACCAUCAUCAUCAUUUUAAAGUAUUGUGUAUCUUUGAGACUUGAGGUUGUGGUUACAGUUUGUGCUCUUGAGUCACUUGAAUGUAACUUGGUGCAAAGCACACGGACAUCUGUUUUCAUCUGUAUUCAAUGCCUGCACUCAGACUGGAGUAAAAAUGGUCAAUCUGCCACUUGUCUGUGUUAAAUGUGUUUUAUCAUACCUGAGCAAAUGACUUGGUGACAGUAGAGUUCUGGUAUAUACCAGAAACAUCAGUUCUCACUUUUAUUACUGUAUUCAGUCAUAUCGAACACUAAUCAAGUCCUUUCUGAGAACAUUUGAAUGCCUUUACUUUUUGGCGUAUGUGGCUCUGUCUUCCUUUUUGUGUGUAAUUGCUCUUGAAACAAACAAAGGCCUCAACUAACAAUUAUUGUUAUUAGUUAAU